AUGUUUUUGUUCAAACAAAAUAAUCCGAAAGAAGAAAUACGAGCAAAUGAACGAAUUUUACGACAAACAACACGUGAACUCGAUCGUGACAGAAGGCAAAUGGAAAUGAAAGAACAAGAAUUGAUAAAACAAAUUAAGAAGAUGGCUCAAAUGAAUCAACGAGAGGCUUGCAAUAUUCUCGCCAAGCAACUUGUUUUGCUGCGUAAACAAAAAACAGCAAAUUUGAAUCUAUGCGCGAAAAUAAGUUCGACAGCAUCUCAGAAUAAACAGAUCAGUAGUGCCGGAAAAAUAGCCCAAGCUGUCGGAAGAACAACAAAAGCGAUGCAGAAAGUGGAAAAAGAAUUUCCUGCUGAGAAAUUGAUGAAAAAUAUGCGUGAUUUUACUAAUGCAAAUGAUCGGUUGGGAAUGAAUGAAGAAAUAAUCAACGAUACUCUCGACGCAAUAAUGGAUGAAUCCGGUGAUGAAGAAGAAGAAAAUGCAAUCAUUAAUCAGGCACUUGACGAAAUUGGUAUUGAUUUGAAUGCUCAGUUAUCCAAGGCACCAAAAUCUUCAUUACUUGCUGGUCCAUCUUCAGUAUCAUUUUCUUCUAAAACAUCUCAAGGAAAUUUGGAUCUUGAAAAAAUGCUUGCCAAUUUAAAAUAA